AUGGUGGUUAACAGAAAUCAAUCAUAUAUACCACAAGACCAAAGAUUUUCUGGUUUUUUGAAUUAUAUUAGUUGGAUUACAAAAAAGUUUACUAAUAUUUUAUUUAUAAUAAGCAUUCCAAUUGGCAUUGGUUUAUUAUAUCAUACGUUCUUUUAUACUGAUUUUAAAUUAACAAUACCAUCGUUGCCAUUUGAACGCUUAAAAUCCGUGAUGGAAACUUUCAACCAACCUGAAACUACAACUGAAACCACAACCGAAUCUAUAACUACUGAAAUUAUUACUACUACUAUUAUUACUACUACAAUAACUCCUUUUGAAGUUAUUGUUGACAUGGAUGAUCAAACUCCACUAUACCAACUCGCCACUCGAAAUGGUAGUAAGCCUUUCAGUGGUGGAGCACGAGCUAAAUUACUCGAAAUUUUACAACUCUGUAAUUUAUGUCGAAAGAAUACAUCAAUUACUAUUGUCGAUGUUGGUGCUAAGUUAGGUGAGUUUGGUCUUUAUGCUGCAGCAUGCAAUUGUUCUGUUUACAUGUUUGAGAAACAACCAGAGAUGGUUGCUCUUAUUCAAAUUUCAAUCGCAGUUAAUGAAUUUACGACAUCUAUUUAUCUCUAUCAUCAGGUAAUUGAUACCUCUGAGUCUAAUAAUCCUGUCCUAUCUGGAUCUUUAAAUUAUAACGCAAAAGACUUAGUAGCUCCGACCAAAAUUCAAAAUAUUCAACUUGAUAAUAUCGCACGGCCAUCAUCAAUAUUCAUACUUAAAAUUGAUUUCGACGAGUUUGGAUUGGAUGUACUUCGUUCAGGACAGAAUCUUUUUCGUCAAAAACGUAUUCGUCACAUAAUCCUUCAGUACAAUACAGUAAAAAAUGAUCAAAGCACAAAACAAGCACUAAUGACUUAUUUACGACAAACUUUAAGGCCUAAAUCUACUUUUAUUUUUCGUCCAAAUGAAGAAAAAUUUUAUGGACCAUUAUAUCAUAAUCAAUUGAAAGAUCUAGCUGAUCAAAAAAAUGAUCAACGACCCAUCAUAGUUAAUUAUGGUGCAGUAAAUGAUAAUAAUGAUACACAAAAAAUUAUUCCUCAUCUCACACAAGCAUGUCCAAAUGUGAUCGAUCUUUCAAUUAGCACUCAAUUAUUACUUUUAACAAAAAUAAUUGAUAAUCCAUCUCUUUUCUCAAUUUUUAAACGAAUUAAAAUGAUCGAAUUAGUAAAAAAUAUCAUUCAUUUUCUACCAAAUUCUGCAUCAAAAAUUGUUGAACGUUUUCUAUCACUUAAUCAUAUUGAACUUCCAGUAUUUUCAUUCGAUUAUUGUAUAUCUGUUAUUGAUGUAUUUCUUUGUUAUUUGAAAAAUUUGUCUUAUAUGAAAAUUAAAUAUCAUCAAGAUACAUUACUUGAUGAUCCUUUUUCACGUUAUCAUCUAAUUGCAAAACGUCGUCAAACAUUUCCUGAUAAUAUUAUUGAUGAAAACAAAGUUGUCUACAAUAAUACUGGAGAACCUAUAGAAAUUUGGUUAUCAUAA